UAUCAACAGAUUUUCAAGUACUAUCAAGAUCGACUUUGGCUAUUUACUAGCGACUCCUCCCAGAGAGACGUCAUUCGAGAAUACGAUGAGUGGGCCGGAAACUAUGACCAGGUAAUUAAAAAAAGAUGUCGACGCGGCAAAACAAUAGGGUGGGGACCCGUCGAGCAUCGACUACGGAGCUCAAAUUUUUGCUAGAGUAAACACUGCUUAACAACGGUUUUUUGUGUAAAGAUAGGUAAGCACCGGUGUUUUUUCAGGUUCUCACAAAGUGUGACUUCUUAGCUCAGUUGGUAGAAGCGCCCAACUAUUAUCCGGGAGGCAUGGGUUCGCAUCCCGUCGAAGCCUUAAUUUUUUUUUCAGGCUUGUUUUAUGCAUGACACCAGUUUGGUGGUCUCAAUCUGAAAAAACUCUGCAGUACUUUCUAGGCUCUUAUAUAUCAGCAGCAACAGCAACAACAACGAUCACUGUUUGACCAACACAACAUUUUUAUUCUCCAUCAGAGUAUGCAAGAACCCAACUACCACGUACCUCGACCAUUUGCCAGGCACUUCGACGCUUCAGUGUGCAAUCUGUUUCCAGAUGUCGACAAGAAAAGUUUUAAAGUUCUUGACGUGGCGGCUGGAACAGGCCUGUUGGGGUUAGAAUUAAACAAACUUGGAUAUAGCAAUAUUGAUGCCCUUGACAUAUCGCAAGAAAUGCUUAACAGAGCUAUGAUGAAAAAUGUCUACAAUAAACUUAUCUGCGCCGCCAUGACUGAUCAGCGGAUAAAUGGUAUCGAGACCGCGGAGUAUGAUGCAUUGACGUGCAGCUCUGCGGUAUGCACUUCGCAUGUCCGGCCCAGUGCAUUUGAGGAGAUGGUAAAAAUUGUCAAACCAGGUAUGAGAGAUAUGGAGAAUAUUUCCCUUUCGUACAGUUUUCGCUUCUUUCCUGCGUUUGUUAAUACAAGGUCGACUAUUCCGUAACCUGGAAAGGUCAAGUGAUCUUAAAAAUGUUGAAUUAUCAUUCUAUUUAAACUUAAAUUGUUCCCUUUGAUUUCGUAAUUGUCAUAUUUGAUAUUAUCUUUUACGAAUAAAGAUUUAGAAGAAUUCUAGUCAACAAUCCUAGCCAAAACUCUCGCGAUAUUUAAAAAUUAUUCCACGCACGCGCGUUGGAUAUGUUGGAUAUGAGCUGGCUAAAACCAGUCUUGCAUCAAACAAGUGCUAAUGAAAUAAUUGUUUUAUUGAUUUUUACUAAAUCCUCAACGUUUAGAUAUUUGCAGCCUUUUUCUUUUUAGCUCCGCAACAGUUGGCGCGAUGCAUUUCCGCAUAAGGUGACUCAGAAUAUGAGGAGAUAACCGAUCAAAACGUUGAAAAUUUAAUAAAGGUAUUUAUUAACUUUCAACUUUGAACUCAUGAUGUGUUUUGCAGGAGGGGUUUUGUGCUUCAAUAUAAGUCUCGUGGAAGAGAAGAAUUACGAAGAAAAACUAAAUGAGUUGGAAAAUAAUAAAAAAUGGCGACUCGUUCAGCAGGAGAAGAUUCCUUUCGUACAGGUAGAACAUUUAGAGGAGUGUUAUUUGUACAUUUACCAGCGUUAG